AUGGACAGACAGAAUACUUCCGAGAAUUCCUCUUGUGAACCUAUACUGGCACACCAUUUAAUCCCGCUUUACUUCAUAGUACUUAUCGGAGGACUGGCAGGUGUCAUCUCCAUCCUGUUCUUGCUGGUGAAAAUGAACUCACGUUCAGUGACCACCAUGGCAGUCAUUAACCUGGUGGUGGUCCAUGGGUUAUUUCUGCUGACUGUGCCUUUCCGCUUGGCAUACCUCAUCAAGGGGACUUGGACAUUUGGACUGCCCUUCUGCAAAUUUGUGAGUGCCAUGUUGCAUAUACACAUGUACCUCACCUUCCUCUUCUAUGUGGUGAUACUGGUCAUCAGGUACCUCAUCUUCUUCAAGCGCAGAGACAAAGUAGAAUUCUAUAGAAAACUGCAUGCAGUUGCUGCCAGUACUGCUAUGUGGCUUUUAGUGAUUGUCAUUGUGGUGCCCCUGGUGGUUUCUCAGUAUGGAAAUAAUGAAGAAUACAAUGAUCAACACUGCUUUAGAUUUCAUAAAGAACUUGCCCGUGAUUAUGUACAAAUUGUCAACUAUAUGAUAGUAAUUAUUGUCAUAGCCAUUGCAAUGAUUCUCUUGGGUUUCCAAGUCUUCAUCACAUUGUCCAUGGUGCGGAAGCUUCGCCAUUCCUUGCUAUCCCACCAGGAGUUCUGGGCUCAGCUGAAAAACUUGUUCUUUAUAGGCAUAAUCCUUAUUUGUUUUCUUCCCUAUCAGUUCUUCAGGAUUUAUUACUUGUACGUAGUGGCACAUUCCAAGAAAUGCAAAAACAAUGUUGCAUUUUACAACGAAAUCUUCUUAAGUACAACAGCAAUCAGCUGCUAUGAUUUGCUGCUCUUUGUCCUUGGAGGAAGUCAUUGGGUUAAGCAAAAGAUUAUUGACCUGUGGAAUUGCCUUUUAUGCCGUUAGCCAAGACUAUAGUAUUCAUUUCUUCCUGUUGGGAAAGAGAAUAAACAAGGGAGGUAAGAAUAAUUUUGCAUUACUUGAUCAAAACCUUGCCUUGACUAUGACAAAGUAAAGGACUAAAAAGUA